AUGGACGAAAGCAGUUCAUCACAAUCUAUUAUGGAAGACAGAAUCAGCGAUUUACCAGAUAGUUUAAUCCAUAUGAUUCUCUCCUUCAUUGACAUUAAAUAUGCUGUUCAAACCAGCGUCUUGUCGAAAAGAUGGCAAUACAUUUGGAGAUCUCUAACAAUGCUAAACCUCGACGUGUCUCAGCUUAGUGGGAGGAGCCGGACGGGAGCAUUCACUAAAUUUAUUAGUUUUGUGUAUAAGGUAUUUUUGUUUCGUGACGAUCACCGUAUUCAGAGGUUUCAGCUUAAUUUCCGUCAAGAUAGCAUUGAUUCAUCUCAUAUCGAUACAUGGAUUGAUAAAGCUGUAAAACAUAAUGUUGAAGAGCUAUGUAUCAAGAACGAAACAAUGGAUGAAUUCUCUAUAUUCUCACACAGCUUGUGUACUUGUAAAUCAUUGACAAAGUUGGAGUUGGAAUUGUCAUUUGGUUUCAUCUUCGGUUCCGAGAUUGCGUCUACUCCCGUGAUUUUACCUAAGCUUAAAUCAAUGAAUCUGCAGUUUCGUUAUCUAUCGCCUGAUAACGUGAAAUUAGCUAAUGUGUUAUUUACCAAAUGUCCAGCUCUGGAGUCAUUAGUUUUGGAUAUCCGUAUAUGUCGAACUACAAAUCUCCGUAUUUCUGUGCCCACACUAAAGCAUUUUAGCCUUAGCCUUACAAGUGGUAGUUACUUAGGCCCUAAUAAGGUCACACUAUGUGCUCCAAAUCUCUCAUCCUUCAUCUGCUUUAGUAACCUGUUAGAUGAUUACUGUCUGGAGAGUCUUUCUUCUCUUGUAACUGCUGAUGUCAGGAUCAACAUAGGACAAGACGAUAAGGUAAACAAAACCGAGAUUCGUGAAGCAAAGAAAGUGUCUUAUGCUCAAAGUAUAAUGAAAUUAAUGAUAAGACUACACAAGGAGAAAGUUCUAUCGUUAACAAACGAUUUUAAGGUAUGGCAGCCUCUGCUUCUAAUUUAG